CUCAUAUCAGUCCUCAUUGUUUUCUUUGUUUAGAUAGAAACGAGUGUACUGACAACACUCACGACUGUCAUGCCAAAGCUGUUUGUAAUAAUACCGAGGGAUCAUUUACGUGCAACUGUAUAAAAGGUUAUCAAGGGAACGGUCGGAAUUGCACAGAUGUGGACGAGUGUACCAGCCACAUCCAUGGCUGUCACUAUAAUGCAAGUUGCAAUAACACAGACGGCUCUUACACAUGCAAAUGCAAAACAGGAUUCAAUUGCGUAUUCAAAGCCGUGUUCUCAAAUCUCAAUGCCACUGGAAGAUAUGGUCCAACAUCGCUCGGAAGUUACUACGCAGGUCAGGAUCACGACGGACGAGUUGCUCUGUCCAGCGGUAUUCAACAGUGGGCUGUGCCGUACACUGGUGAUUACAGAAUAGAAGUAAUAGGGGCAGCUGGAGGGUACGAUCGACGGAUUAACAGCUCUCAGUAUCGCGGAAGAGGAGCAAGAAUGAUUGGAACAUUCCGCUUAAACAAGGGUGAAGUCAUCCAGGUACUUGUAGGUCAAGAAGGAGGAAUAAACAAGAAGUCUGAUUCUUCUGGCGGUGGUGGAGGUACAUUUGUAGUGAAAGGACCCGACACACCUUUGAUAAUAGCCGGAGGCGAAGGAGGGGUACAAGCCGUAUAUUCAAGACAUACAGAAUGUAACGCCAGCUCAAACACGACAGGGAAUCCUGGGUACAGAUCAUGGGCAGGGGGGAGCAAUGGACAUGGUGCGCAGACUGCUGAUUCUAGAUUAUCAGGUAAGAAUAUUUUUCAAUAA